AUGAUCACCCAGUUCGAGCCCAGAUUUUUAAAGCAGUUCACAGAAUUGCCGUCCAAUGUUGAGCGAGCGGAUGUUUUCCGUGUCUUGGUUUUGAAAUGGUUUGGUGGCAUUUAUUCAGAUGUCGACACCGAACCACUCCGACAACCCGCCUCCUGGAUUUCGAGCUCUGAUCUUACUUCUUGCGUCGAUCCCAUCACGAGAUCAGACUACUCCUUUCAGGACCCAGUCGGGGCUAUGUUUGGGAUCGAAGCGGACUGUCAACCCAGUCGAGACGACUACUGGCGUAUGGGGUAUAGUUACCCUAUUCAACUCACCCAAUGGACCUUGGCCUCGAAGCCGGGUCAUGACGUUCUGUUGAGGUUCAUGGACACCCUUUCGCAGCAGCUUGAUGAUGUGGCUAGUCGUAACGAUGGGAGCCUAAGGUCCUCAGAGGCGGUAAAGGAGCUCGAACAUAUCGGCCCAGUAUCGCUGACCGGACCGGUUGCUGUGACAAAUGCUACCAUGACCUUACUUUCAGAACAGGUUGGCCUGCGCUGGAAUUCUUUGACUGGGCUCGAGGAUGGCGGGCAAAGUAAAUUAGUGCGGGACGUCUUGAUCCUCCCGAUCACCGCUUUCAGGUACGUCCCGGACGAGGGUGGUAUGGCAACAUGGGUUCCAAGUCCAUUGAGGACGAAUCAGCACGAGUCCUGCAUCAUGCCCAAGGAUCAUGGCGUUCUUUCAACCCCACAAAAGAGUUUAGUAAAGGUUGUCGCACGGUAUUGGGGCUUUGCAGAGACUGGUGACAGGAUAACCCAAUAG